CGGCAUGGUGGCGCUGCAGGCGGGCGAGGCGGCCCCGGAGCCGGGAGCGCCGCGGGACCGUCCCUUCGGAAGGAUUGAAGAUUGCCCAGCACCUCUGGCAAACUCCUCGGCAAAGCGAUUCUCCCCGGCCAAAAGGAAACAACACUUCAUCAAUCAAGCCAUCCGCAAUUCGGACCUCAUUCCCAAGGCCAAGGGUCGGAAGAGCCUUCAGCGGCUGGAGAAUACCCGUUAUCUCACGACCCUGCUGGAGCGGGAUGAAUGCAGCAAUGACGAUGGAGAGCUGGCCCAUCCCGCCACACCUAGCAUCUUCACUGAGGCCUGCAGCAAUGAGACGUAUGUCAAGAUUUGGAACAACUUCAUGAACCGGUCCGGUGAGGAGCAGGAGAGAUUCCUUUUGUAUUUGGAGGAGGAGGCGAGAAGGAAGCGGAGAAACAGAUGGACCGGCAAAGCCAAGGCCAAGUGGAAAGAACAUGCUGUGUACACGCCCCAGGAAUGUUUCCAGCGCAUCAGCCGCCGCCUGCGCACCACACUGAAGCAAAGCCGGAUUCCCAUGGGGACCCUGGAAGGGUUGGAGGAGGAAUUGCUGGCCUUUUUUUCAGCUAACCCACAUGCAGUCUACACAGCCAUGAUGGACAACAGCUUCGAACGGCUGCUGCUUCACGCUCUCUGCCAGUACAUGGAUCUUGCCUCUGCCAGUUCUGACUACAAAGGCAAACGCCAAAUGAAAGUCAGCAACAAAAACACCAUCUUUUUGCCACCUGACCUCCUGCUUUCAGCUUACCUGGAGCAAAUCAGCUGAUGAGUUGGAAGCCCUUGAUCUUCUGUUGAAACCCCUACUUCUGUUGGCGUUUUAAUGGUUAGAAAACAUGUCAAUGUAUCGUGUAUUGGGGUAGGUAGGAAUAGACAUGGCACUCUUUGGAGGGAGUACAUUCCCACCCCCUCUGAAAGCCCUGACUCAAUUAUUCAUGGGAAACCAGAGCCCACUGGCCAGGGUUGGGGUACGGGGUGUGCCCACUGCCCUUUAGUAUUGUGCCCCCUGCUUCUCUUCUCCCCGGAGGCUGCAAGGAAGUGGUCCGGAGGUAGUUGCUAAGCAACCCCUGACUCCUGCUCUUCAUCUCCCUCACAAAGGGCUUCUUCAGGGGGAGCCCCAAUCCCAUAGUGUUGGGAUUGACUUGCUCAGGUUGCAACAUUCUGUUUUGAUUUCAUGGAUUUAAAAAAGUCCUUCCAUUUGAAAAAAUUCUCCCUACUCCUUUCCUGGUUCAGUCCAGAAUUUUCCAAAUUGCUUAUUUUUAAAGAAUAGUUGACAUCGGAAAAACAACACCUCAAUGCUGCUGCUUAAGAAGCAUCAAUGUUUCUUCAUUGCUGGAUCCCAUUGCAGUUGGGCAUUGCUCUAAUCUUAAAAGAUUCGAGAAGGGAUGCUUUGGUUCCCCAUCAGAGGUGGCUUUUUGUAUUUCUGUUUAUGCAGCUUUGUAUGUUUGCUCAGAAGCAAGUCCCACUAAUUUCAUUGAUGCUUUCUCUUGAAUGUAUGCAUAAGACUCUUCUUUGCCUAAGUGCAAAUUAAAAAAGUGUUCGAAUGUUGCAUUUUAAUCAGGCACAAUACUAUAAAAUACCAAUUUAUUUUGUGGCUAUCUGAUGCCCAGGAUAAACUGAGUUUCUUUAUUCUCAAAAAUGUGCAACUUAUAUGACAAAUAUAACCAUUUUCAUUUCAACCUUGCCAUCACAAAUGUUUGCAUUCCCUUCUUUUAAUUCAAAAUACUGCUGUGAGAUACCCCACUGCUUUCUGCAUUUGGCAUACUUGCUACCUUUUUUAUUUGACAUUUGAGGAAAAAGCUGAAGAAGUACUCAUUUUUUUCAAAAAGUUUUAAUGUUUAUGAUGUAUUAUCUGCCACUCACAAAACUGCCUUGACAUUUGAGAGCAUCUAUUUAUGCGACAGCUGCUUUUAAAAAUAAUCUUAUGGCAUUGCUGGGUAUUAAAAAGAAGGGUAAAGGAAAAGGGCCUUUUUCUAGUUUUUACUAGGAAUCGGCCAGAGAGUAGAAAAAUGAAAACAACUUACAUUCUAGGCAGGUUGCCGGGAUACAGGAGCAAAUGAGUGAUUGAAUGUGUAAGCUUGGAGUUUGCUUCGUGCACCUGGACCGAUCCAGUCAAUCUCACAAAGGGAGCUGCGCAGAAAAUCACAGCCUUUCUUAUUUGUUCCAGCAUCAUGCCUUAAGAGGAAAAGCAUUCUCAACAUAAAACUGCUUUUUUAGCCUGGAAGGAAACUUGGUUUUUAUUUAGGUUUUGUUUUUGCCAGUGCUGUUGGAAAUGCUCAGCGUAUGUUCUGCAUCUCCCUGUUCAAACUGGCCUUCUGCACUUCGAAUUGAAUUCAGAUCAUGCCCAUUUAGAUGUCUGGAAUUAUUCCAGCCCAGCAUGAAACGUUUCUGUCUGACUGGCCCCCAGUCCAUCCAUGCCCCGCCAAGCUGCCCUUUUUCUUAAAACAGCAGGUGGCAAUUUCAAAGUCCCCCUUAUCCUCUCUUGCUGGAAUCCAACCUGUUUUGUAAGAUGUAAGGGUGUAUAUUGUGUGUGUGUGUGUGUGUGUUAUGUCCAUCUAUUAAUUUCAAGGAUAAUUCAUUGUGAUAUUAUUUCACUUUACAGAAAGUGGAUGGAUGGGGCUAUUCUGCUGUUUUUCAAAAUUGCUCUCUGGUGCCAUGAAGUGCAAUCUAAACUGAUUUUUUUUUUAAAAAAAGAUAUUUUGAGUUUUUAUUGUCUAGAGAAGAAAUCCACCCAAGCUACUAGUCCUUAAGAAAACAAAAUGAGUAGAUCUACAUGCAAUCAUUGUCAUUCUCCUCUAAGGCAGUUUUUUCCAAUCUACUUCCCACAGAUGUUUCAGCCUAUAACUCCCAUUAUCCUGGUCAUGCUGUAUGGGGUUGAUGGAGUUGUAGUCCGAAUCAUCUGGACGGAGCUACAUUGGAAAAGUCUAUUCUAGAGCUUUUUCCCCAAAGGAAAUCUGAGGUUGAAAUUUUUUUCCCACAAGGAAUUCCUCCCCUCGCAUACCUAUAUGUUUCUGCAAAAAUGAAUACCUUGUCUGGAAGGAAAUAAAAUUAAAUCUGCCUUUUUUCCCUC